CAAGUGAAGACCGCUGCCUGGCCGAAGCUUCCUCCUCCGCCGCCGCAGUCGCAGAUCUCGUGCGGCGGCGCUGUGUAUGACGGCGUCCGAGGCGGAAGUGGUGCAGCUUGGUCGCCGGCGCCCUCUCUCUCUCUCUCUUUCUCUCACUACCUUUCCUCUUUUUCUAUUGGGCCCUCUGUUUCACCGGUGCCUCCUGCAAAUCCAGCAGAAGCUUGACUGUUUCCCCCAUUUAUUAUUAAACCCUCCCUUCUCCUUCCUCUGCUACCUCUCCUUUCCCACCACAGACUCUCUUUCCCUCCCCAAACUCUGUUCUUUUCCCCACUUUUAUCAAUGGCUACCCUGUCCGUCGGAGACCCGGAUUCCUGGCUUCCACACAAGCCCGAGUUCACCUUCCCCUCCGAGUUCCCCUACGACUUCGACUCGUCCCCUGACUCUGACACCUUCUACGACGAGGACGACUUCUUCGCCGGGUUGACUCGCCGCCUCACCCAGCAACUCACCUUCAAGUCACCGGAGAACCGGGUUGUGGUCGGGUCGCCCGAGUCCACGCUCAACGGGUUGGGCAGCAUGUCGGUUUCCAGCAACGGCAGCCCCAACGGCGCCUUGUCUCCUACAACUACUCCGGCUCCAAUUGGUGCUAAGAACGACGCGUGGGAUCUGAUUUACGCCGCUGCAGGGCAAGUGGCGAGGCUGAAGAUGUCUCAAAGGAUUCCAUCUGGGUCGGUUUACUCCCUCGGCCAUAAUACCCCUCAGAUUCAGCAGUUGAGGCUAGAACAGGGGGCUCCGAAGGGACAGUGGCCUUCUGUCUGGGAGAGGCAACAACAACAACAACAAGUGAAGACCGCUGCCUGGCCGAAGCUUCCUCCUCCGCCGCCGCAGUCGCAGAUCUCGUGCGGCGGCGCUGUGUAUGACGGCGUCCGAGGCGGAAGUGGUGCAGCUUGGUCGCCGGCGCCGGCCAGAGGAAAUAAAAAUUUUAUUUUUUAAUAAUUUUGAAAAUGAGG